CUGUUUUGGAUGAUCUAGUGCCAUCUGUGCCCCACUUUCUCCGUCUCUAUACCUCUCUUCUUCCAUAUCCCAUCCCAUAUAUACACAAUUAUGUCUAUACACAACACACACAUGCAGCUUUCUUUAUUCCAUUAGAUCUGAAAAAGACUACUUACCCAACUUCACAUACAAAAAACUUCUCAUUCACCCUCUUUCAUUACAAUCACAAGUUUAACAAACAAACAAAAAAAAAAAACCAACUCAUCAAAACUCAACAACACCACCAUGCAUAUUCAAUUUCUCAAUAUCUUUGCCUCUUCUAAAAGAAACUGAAAAAAUAAAAUUAUUACAUCUUUUUUCCACCCCAUUAGGCUAAAGUUUCUUACUUUACUCCCAAAACUCUAUCUCUCAACAAAAAAUAAAACAAUGUCACCUGAUGAAACAAAAACCUCAAAAUCUCCAAAAGACAAAGACAACAACCAACAAGGUUCUGGUGGUGGUGGUGGUAAGAAAACAUGUUCAUCAUCUUCAACUUCAACAACAAAACCACCACAUGAACAAAACAUGAAGUGUCCAAGAUGUGAUUCACCAAACACAAAAUUCUGCUACUACAACAACUAUAGCUUAACACAACCAAGACAUUUCUGCAAAACAUGUAGAAGAUAUUGGACUAAAGGUGGAGCUUUACGCAACGUUCCGAUCGGCGGCGGAUGUAGAAAAAACAAGAAAAUGAGACCAUCAUCAUCAUCAUCAAGAUUCUCUUGUGAUAAUUCAAAAGACUCUGCUUCUUCUUCAGAGCUUGUUGGUGGUUUAAAAUUUCUUCAUUCUCUUUCUUCUCCUUCCAUGGAUUUUCAUCUUGGUACUGGUUUACCUUUUCCAAGGCUUCAACUUCAACAUCAACAAAAUCAUCAUAAUCUUUCUCCAAUAUUUAACCAGUUUUCAUCUUUUGGAGAAACUUCUUCUGCUAUGAAUCAUAAUAAUUACCCUGCUUCUUCAAAUUCUAUUGCUGGUUCUGCUAUGAAUUUUCCUUUUUCAGUUGGAAAUAAUAAUAAUUAUAAUGGUGCAAUUCAAGGGAUGAGCUCAAUGAAUAUUCAUAGUAACGUUGCUUCUUCUAUUGAAUCAUUGAGUUCUAUGAACCAAGACUUGCACUGGAAGCUACAGCAACAGAGAUUAUCUAUGCUGUUUGGUGGUGGAGAAAAUCAGCAGAAAGAAAAUAAUCAGACAGAGAAACCAUUGCAACCUAUUUUGUUUCAGAAUCUUGAGGUUACAAAGCAGCAAGAUGGUGGAAAUUUUUCUGUUGGAAAUUCAAGAAGAGAAAGUAUAAAUGGUGGAGAUACACCAACUGAGUGGUUUUUUGGUAAUUCUUAUGGUUCUGUUGCUGCUACACCAACUGCUAGUGGCGGCGGUGGUGGUGGUGGACAUGAUAGUGGAAGCAACUGGAAUGGUGGUGGUGGUGGCGGUGUUCAUGGUUGGAGUGAUGUGCAGCAGCAAUAUAGUGCUUUGCCCUAGUUUGAGGGAGGAUUGAGAUUCGGAGAGUCGGUGUAUGUUUGGAAUCACAGUGAAGUUCUCAGAAUCACAGCGAGUCACUGCGAAUAUAAAUUGGAGACUAAGUAUGAGGUAGAGAUUUUUCUAGAAAUUACUUAGGAAGAAAUUAUUUAAUAGGCCAACUUUGAUAUUUGAAUCAAAUUUCUUUAGGAAUAUGUUAGUUAUUAUGUAAUGGUGUUUACAUUGGCUUUAAAAGAAAACAUAUAUGUCAUGUAACAAAUGGGAAAAUUAAGACUAUAAUCUUUUAUCAUAUCAAAUUAUUACAA